AUGCGGACGUUCAUUCUCCUUGCGAUGCUGGGGCUGACGACACCCAUGCCCCAGUACUUUUACCCCGCCCCAGCCUUGCCCCAGCCUGCCCACAACCAUGCUGCUCCUUCCCUGCUCCGUAUUCGCCAUACCCUACCACAGUCCAGCACCUCGCCAGCCCACGCCAAGGCAUCAGCCGCAAUGCCACGCACCGCCUCCUCUCCCUCCUUCAUUGCGCUGCCUCACGUGAAAACCAUCGUGACUCGCGCCGCACGAGAUCAUUCUUUCCUGUCUUCUCCCCAUACAGAGCAAACAAUCCUAACUUCUGAUUCAGCACACUCAACCCCUAGCUCUGCCAAACACUCAGCCCCUAACCCCGACAAUCAAUCGACUCCCAUCACUGAAGCACACUCAGCCACAGCCACAAUUCCUGUCUCCGUCAUACACUCAGACCCUACCCUUGCUACAAAAUCAUUUGAUGGAAAACAAUCGACAGAAGCUGCCAUACACUCAGCAGAGCCUGUCCUCGCCAGACACUCACCAGACGCUGAAGUUGCCAAAUCCUCAGCAGAUCCUUCCCCAGCCAAACAUUCGGUAAACCCUGUUCCUGCCAAACAUUCAGCAGACCCUGUCCCUGUCACAAAUUCAGCAGAUCCUGCCCUUGCCAAGCACUCAGAUCCUAUCCCUGCCAAAAACUCAGUAGAUCCUGCCCUUGCCAUAGACUCUGUAAGACCGGAUCCUACCACAGAUUCAAAACAACCUGCACCUUCCGAGCACUCCGACCCUCCCACUACUAAACACUCAGCAGACCCUGUCAAACACUCAGCAGACCCUGCCCCUGCCAAACACUCAGCAGACCCUGCCCCUACCAAACACUCAGCAGACCCUGCCCCUGCCAAUCACUCAGCAGACCCUGCCCCUGCCAAACACUCAGUAGACCCUGCCCCUGCCAAUCACUCAGCAGACCCUGCCCCUGCCAAACACUCAGCAGACCCUGCCCCUGCCAAUCACUCAGCAGACCCUGCCCCUGCCAAACACUCAGCAGACCCUGCCCCUGCCAAUCACUCAGCAGACCCUACCCCUGCCAAACACUCAGCAGACCUUGCCCCUGCCAAACACUCAGCAGACCCUGCCCCUGCCAAACACUCAGACCCUACCCCUGCCAAACACUCAGCAGACCCUGCCCCUGCCAAUCACUCAGCAGACCUUGCCCCUGCCAAACACUCAGCAGACCCUGCCCCUGCCAAACACUCAGACCCUACCCCUGCCAAACACUCAGCAGACCCUGCCCCUGCCAAUCACUCAGCAGACCUUGCCCCUGCCAAACACUCAGAUCCUGUCCCUGCCAAACACUCAGCAGACCUUGCCCCUGCCAAACACUCAGAUCCUGUCCCUGCCAAACACUCAGCAGACCCUGCCCCUGCCAAACACUCAGACCCUGCCCCUGCCAAACACUCAGACCCUGCCCCUGCCCCUGCCAAACACUCAGCAGACCCUGCCCCUGCUAAACACUCAGCAGAUCCUGCCCCUGCCAAACACUCAGACCCUGCCCCUGCCAAACACUCAGACCCUGCCCCUGCCCCUGCCAAACACUCAGCAGACCCUGCCCCUGCUAAACACUCUGCAGACACUGCCCCAGCCAAACACUCAAAUCCUGCCCCUGCUAAACACUCUGCAGACACUGCCCCUGCCAAACACUCAGAUCCUACCCCUGUCAAACACUCUGCAGACCCUACCCCUGCCAAGCACUCAAAUCCCGCCCCUGCCAAACACUUUGCAGAUCCUGCCCCUGCUAAACACUCUGCAGACUCUACCCCUGCCAAACACUCAGAUCAUAUCCCUGCCAAACACUCAGCAGACUCUGCCCCAGCUAAACUGUCAGUAGAACCUGCCCCUGCUGAACACACAACAGACCCUACCCUUCCCAAACAGCCAGUAGACCCUGUCCCUGCCAAAAAUGCAGAUGUUGUCGUUGUCUCUGCAAAACACUCGAGUCCUGCUCCUACCAAAAAAUCCGACCCUAAUCCUACCAAACACUCAGCAGAUCCGGGCCCUUUCAAAGACUCAGCCCCUGCCCUUGCCAAAAACUUAGGUCCUGCCCUUCCCAAACACUCAAAUCCUGUCCCUGUUCCUGCCAAUCACUCAGAUCCUGCCUCUGCCAAACACUCGGACCCUGCGCCUGUCAAACAUUCAGCAGAACCUGCCCCUGCCAGACAACCAGCUAACCCUUCCCCUGCCAAACACUCAGAUACAGUCCCUGCCACUGUUACACACUCAAAGCAUGAUCCUGCUUCACACUCAAGAACACCCUUUACCAGACACUCAGCCCCUGCCCGUGCCCGUGCCGCUAGCAGAGGCAAAUUCAGAGUUCCACAUCCUGUCAUACACAAAGCAUUCUCAGCCACUAAACAUUCAGCUUUUAACCCUGCCUCACAUCCAACCUCAUCAUCUGCUCUAUCUCGUACCCCUGCCACACACUCAGCCCCUACACACGUCCCUAUCCUCCUCGAGGAACGGACUCACAAAGUAGCGGGCAACCUCACAACAUUCUCAUACCACGUGGUCGGCGGGGACGGCACGAGGAUCAGCGCGGCGGGGAGCGGCGGCCUCUUCACCCCCCUGGAGAUUGUCGGCAAUUACUCGUGA